UCGCCCUUGAUGGCCGUGUUCGCAGGCGAGUGAGAUGUCCUCACCUCUAGCGUUGUAUGCUACAGUCAUCUUCUCUUCUUUCUGCUCGAUGUGCAGUACCGCUUCCUCUCUAGGAACUCGUCGCAUGGCCACCAAGCAGCGGAAAUACAACCAAGUCUUUUCUGCUGCUUUUCUCUGUGGCAGCAGCAGCAGGGACCUCAGCAAGACCGUGAUUGCUACAAGAUCAUCACCAGCAUGUCGGCAGCAAGGACUGCACCGCGCUGCAACAACCAACAGCCUUACACCUUGGGUAGACAGGUCACGUCGACAAGCCAGCGCCAGCGCGAAAUGCGACAACCUCUUCAGCAGCAGCAGCAGCAGCAGCAGCAGCAGCAGCAGCAGGGUGUCAACAGCACACCCCGGCCGCUCUCCAGAGACACCCGCGCCACAGCUUUCAUCGCCACAGCAACAAAAAGCGAGAGCUCCUCGUAAUGUGGCAGUGCUUGCAGCACAGGAUCAUAGCAAGGAAGACCUCGACCGAUGUCGGAGUCUGGCGGAGAAGUUGGGGCUGGCGCUAGUAGUGGCAAGGCAGGAACAGGGGGUGGAGGAGGAAAAGCAGCAUCAAGGGGAGAGGGGGAAGGGGAAAAGGCUGGCUGGAGGUGCUGCCGAAGCAGAACGCGAUGGCUUCAAAUUUACGAUGUUCUUCGAUGAGACUGGCUGCUUGGCGCUGGGGCAACCGGGGAGUGGCUUCAACCCACUUUUGGUGGACUUCUGCGGAGGCAAGACCGGGCACCGCUCGAAGCACCAGCAAGGAAGGACUGAGCAGGUGGUCAAGGCGGCCGCACUACCUAAGCGUCGCGCCGCCACGACUGCAGCUGACGCGGCUCUCCGACCUCCCUCUCCGGGUGACGAUGAUGCGAAAGCCCCGUUGCCGCUUCUGUGGGACCUUACCGCUGGCUUGGGGACUGACGCGUUCCUUCUUGCCCAAGCGGGGUGGCGAGUGAAGAUGUUUGAGCGGUCCCCGGUAGUUGCAGCUCUGGUGCAGGAUGCUUUGGAUCGUGCCCGGGUUGGCGACGACGAGACCGCUCGCACAGCGACAUCUCGCAUGAGCCUCACGGUCGCGGAUAGCACCGAGGUCCUGGCAAAAGCAGUGGUUGGGUCGUCGUCAUCACCGUCAGCAUCGGUGACUAGUGCUGCCGUUGGUUUUUCCCGGCCAGAUGUGGUUUACCUCGACCCGAUGUUCCCCCAGCAGAGGAAAGGCAAGAAGAAGAAAUCCGCGCUUGUGAAAAAGGGCAUGCAAAUGCUUCAGGCAUUGCUAGAAGAAGAGGACAGGGCAGAGGGAGAAAAUAUGCAGCAGGGGACAGAGAUAGGAGGUCGUAUACCCGACGGUGCCGGGGGUGGUGAUGUUACGGGAGAAGGAGAAGCAGGGGUGGUGGAAAACCGAGAAGAGGAAAGAAGGUUGUUUGAUAUUGCUAUGAAUUUCGCGACGCGGAAGGUGGUGGUAAAACGACCGGUUCACGGUCCGUCUAUCGUGCGGCACGUACAACCCUCGCACGCCGUCGUGAGCAAGAAUGGCCGUUUCGACGUCUACGUUGUGCCUCCGUAGCGCAAGGGGAGGCCCUGUGUGCUAUAUCGAUGAACGAUUUAGAGUCAAUCAAUACAAGGUAUGAGCGUCGCGGGAGAAAUUGUUUUGGGGCAUCCUUGGGGGAAGUUCAAUAUUUCCGUGUGAACCCCGCCGAACUUGUGACGUUGAGUUGAAAGGACAUACGUUCGGAUGAGAGAAACCGCGACGGGCGGGUGGAUAUCUAGACCUAAAACGUACGCAGUUCUUUCAGCGCUACUGUGAGGUAUAAGUAACUCUAUG